GCGGCCGCCGUUUGUUAUUAAAGCGUAACCUCCUUUUAAAUGUGACGGGAAAUGUUGACGCUCGGAGAGUUGGUGAAGUUUGGUGAGUGUUUUAAUGAACGCCUGGUGUUCUUAUUAACAGUUAACCGCGUGGUUUGUGAGUCGACAUUACGGCACAAGCGUAGCAUGUGUUGUUUUUACGUUAACGGAGCUCAGUUAGAAACAUGAAUGAAACUUUAAACGUAUAAACUGUCGUUGCCGUCACUUGACGUAAGCUGACACGCUUCGGCCUUCUUGUCGUUUUCCUUGAAGAACAUGAACAUUACAGGGGAAUGGAGGCUUUAAUUCAUCCGUGAACGAGUUGCAUAUAACGUUAUAUUAAAAGAUACGCGCAAGAUGUCAGGGGCCCAUGAGUCAAGCAGGAAGCGCCGCCCCCUCAAAAUGUACUUGAUCUCGACCGACCUGAAGGUCCAGGACCAGCUGGACGGUACCAUUCGGCUGCUGCGGGGGUUCCUCUGCCAGGAGCAAGAAAAGAGCAGAAGCGACUUCCUUUGGGUCAAGGUGUUGGACAAUGGCAUUGUGUUGAAACUAGAGAGGAAGUUCCUGCAUGAAGUCCCAGCUGAAUUCAGCGGCCUGUUGGAGCCCGUAUCGGAUCCGGAGGCCCGCCUAAAACUUCUAAGCAAUCCCGGGAAGCUGCAGCACUUGGCUACUUUGCCCGUCGAUGCCCCGCUGUGGGUCCAAAUAGGCCAACAGGACGAGCUGGCAGAAGCGGACCUCAAAUACAUCGGGCCACUGACCAGAGGGAGCAGCGCUGUGCUUUUUGGGGUACAGCUCAAGGGUUCAGCUGCAGGUAAAGGAAUCAGCAACGGUUCCUAUAAGAGUCACCGACUCUUCAGCUGCCCCGAAUCCUGCGCCGUCUUCCUCCCAGUCAGUCACAUCAGGCCCCGCCUCUGGUCUGCCAACAACGGCUCAGACGCACACGAGCGAGCCCGCGAGCGACACCACCAGCGCGGCAGCGGUAAUCACCCCAGCAACGGGCACCAUGGCAACAACGAUCGCCCAAAUCAUCAGCAGCAGCAGCCCGGGCGUCACAUCAGUUUCCACCAGCACAGUCCCAGCAGCCCUCCUCAGCCGUACGCUUUUGGCAUCCUCCCUCGAACGGCAGAGUCGGUUCCCCUCGCAGCUCAUAACCAGGUCCGAGGCCCCGUGUCGCCUCCACCGUUCCAUGUCGGCCAGCGGGUGUGUUUCCCCCUGGAGGACAAUGUCUACAGUGGGGAGGUGCGAUUCUGUGGUCUCCUGCCCGGCCGGUCCUCCUCAGGGACGUACGUCGGAGUCCUGCUGGACACUCCUGUGGGUAACUGGGACGGCUUUUAUAAGGGAGAGAAGCUCUGCAACAUUCCUUCUCUGGUGUACGGACAACUUCUGCCAAUUGCCAAAGUCUCCUCAGAGCCUAAAUCCCACCGCCAACAAAUUCCCAAAUCCAUCCUGAAGCCCGCGCCCCUCCCGGUCAUUAAAGCCCUUCCUGCUCCCAGGGUCGCCCUGAUGCCCCCGACCAAACCGGCAGUUAGACCUCCUCCGCUGCCGCCACCGAAACCCAGUCACAAACCCCUGCCCCCUCCUCCUCUCCCACCCCCCAAACCCCUCAGCCCGACGUCGCCGACCACCGCGGACCGGCUGCAGCACACCAACGGCGCGCACGGCCCGCCGUCACCGCUGAGGUCUCCAGACAGCGGCGAAGCUGCAGGGGAGAACGGAGAGGCAGGACCGGAGGACGAUCUGGAGGUGGGGUCGAUGGUCGAAGUGAACGACCCUCCGCUUUUCGGGGUUAUCCGCUGGAUUGGGCGGAUCAGUCAGGUUUCAGAGACAGUGGCUGGGAUUGAGCUGGACCAGGAGCUGUCUGCAGGAACAGACGGCAGUUACCUGGGUGAACGUCACUUCCGUUGCCCGGCCAACAAGGGGCUGUUCGUCAAGCUACGUAACUGUAGACGGGACUCCAGGUUUCCCGCCCCGGAGACACCCGUCAAUCAAGUAGAGCGAUGCAACUCGAUAGCCUUUGCAGAGUGGGGCAGCGAGCGUGUGGAGGACCACACUCCUCCUGUGGACGGGGGCGAGGCCAGUGAGCUCUACCAGGGCUGCAAGAGAGGCAUCCAGGGUCACCUCAACUCAUGCUACCUCGACGCCACGCUGUUCAGCCUGUUCUCCUGCUGCAGUUCAGCUGACUGGGUGUUGUUUUGGCCCUCUGACCCUGAAACGCACCGAAACUCCAGUCAGGCUCAGGACCUGCUGCGCUGUGAAAUAGUCAACCCCCUGCGAAGGUACGGCUACGUGUGCGCCAGCAAGACCAUGGCCUUGAGACGCCUGCUGGAGGCGGCGAACAGCGACACAGGCUUCACCAACCAGGAGAAAGGCUCCCUCCUGCCUCUUGCUGCUCAUGCCUCGGUUUGGAAAGGACUUCAAAAUGUUUGACGCCAUCUUGCCCACCCUCAGCCUGGACAUCACAGACCUGCUGGACGACACUCUGAGACAGUGCAGCAUCUGUCAGGCUGUAGCUGAGUGGGAGUGUCUCCAGUGUUAUGAAGACCUAGACAUCACUCCCGGGCGUCUCAAACAGUACUGCCAGACCUGCAACACACAGGUCCACAGCCACAGGAAGCGGGAAUCCCACAGCCCGGUGAAGGUCGCCGUCCCCGGGGGACCGUGGACCGGCCCUCUGCACUGCACGCGCCAGCGGAUGUCUCUCUUCGCCGUGACGUGCAUCGAGACCAGCCAUUACGUGAGCUUCGUCAAGCACGGGCCCCUCCCCACCGACUGGCUGUUUUUUGACAGCAUGGCAGACCGGGAAGGCGGCGAGAACGGCUUCAACAUCCCCCAGGUGAAGGCGUGUCCAGAGGUGGGCCGCUACCUCAGCCUGUCAGAGGAGGACCUGAGCAGAGUUGACCCCACGUCCUUACGGGAGCACGCUCGCCGCCUGCUCUGUGACUCCUACAUGUGUCUCUACCACAGCCCUGAGCUCAGCCUGUAUAAGUGACAGGGACACACACACACACACACACACACACACACAGACAGAUAUAAGUGUGGAAUAAGAUACUGCACAACUCAUUCCUCAGGUUCUCAGUCUUAUCUGAACGUUAGAUAAGACACGUCCAGCAUAAUAAUGCCAGUAGAAUAUGAAGUGGUUGUAAAAGCCUGCUCACACUUUGCAGUAAAAUGAUCCAAGGAAGGACUGAGCGGGGCCUCAGAGAGACAUGUUAUCUAAAAUGUGACAAUCAGCUAACUUGCCUAAUGAACAAACAGCCUGUAGUUUACCGGAUUAUGAUCUCUGUACACUCGUGUGAACUGUAACUGUUUGUUAUGUCCGAGUUUAUCUGUGCUAAUGAUGCUCACACACUGGACAGAACCACUGUGCCUGUAAAGUAUAUAUCAUGUACACUUUACAUUCAAUUUGCACUGCUUCAUUUACAUGUCAGUAUGUGUACAUAUUUUGUAUAUCAAGGCUUUAAACUGACUGUAAAGACUGCACACAGAUGUUUAAGCUGUUGAGUAUAAUACAGCUGCACGCAGUGGGGACUAUGUCCUCCUAGCUAAUAAAUGCUUUGAUACUCUUCUAA